AUGGGAUGUACAAAUUCAAAAGUGGCACCAAUCAAUUUCUGCGACAUUGAUGACGUCAUCAACCAGCCUUCGACAUCAUAUCCCAGAGAAAAAAAUAUCAACUCUGAAGAAUUCCUGGCUUAUGAACGAUUCUUGGCCAGUACUCUUCUUGAUGACAGCGAUUCUGACUUCGAUGACGAUGACAACGUCGUCAAGCAAAAACAACCAUCAAUGUCAUACCCACCAGGAAAGAUCAAGAAGAGUUGUGACAUCCUCGUCAUUGAUCAUGGCGAAGACGAGGAUAACUCGGCUCACAUCACUCAAAUCAAAACACGCCCUGGGGGUGUGGCUUUUGAAGUUGCGAAUAACUUUGACCAUAUCACAGAUGUGACAGACGUCAAAGUCAGCCGUGGGGGCGUGGCUUUCGAGAUCACAGCAGACCAAUCUCUUGCUCCCUCUGCAGAGGUUUUAGAGAUGUCUCUCCCGAGUUCACCAAUCACAACCGUGAGCUGCACACGUCACGCCAAGGAAGGCAUUGCUUUUGAGAUCGAUUUCAGCGAUAACGAGGAGCAGAACCAACAACUCAAGACGCUCAGCAAAGUGACGUCACUCAUUGCCAAAUAUGGGUGGAGCGAGCAUGACAUCAUCAAAGAAAGUGACGAUGUAUGGGUUGCCAACAAAGUUCUUGCAAUGAAUGACAAUGCAAAGAGGAAUGAGAAACGGUUGGCAUCUCUGAGGAAGGCUGAGGAAGAGUUCGACCUGAUGACAGCCACUAUGACAGAGAGAGCCCUUGACAGCUUUCACUACUUCCUGGUAAAGGAGACGUGUACAGAACAUAGUCUUCUUAGGAGAGCCCAGUUCAAGGCUUGGCAGAAGAAGAUGAUGCAGUAGAUUGAGCAAGGAAGAAUUUCUUGCACGACCAGGCUAUACUAGAUUGCAGUCAGCUAGCUAUGCACCAUGAUUUCUCUUCUCUCUGGUAUGCGCCACCUUCCCAGAACGGAAUGGAAGAAGAAGAUGUGGGAUUCCCUUCAGCACUGAACAUGGAACGACCUCAGGCGCAGAGGAGGGCAUCCGGUGACAUAGACCUGAUAGUGUUCUUGACACUCUUGUCAAGAACACCAUCUUCUUUGAAAGGUGGACUUUCAGACACGUUAGCCAAGUAAUGAACGAUAAUCUGCAUCCAAAAGGAAAAAUCAAUAAGCCAAAUGCCCAAGAUAGGCUUUCAGUGUACGGGAGAAGACGAUGCAGUGGAAUGAUCAAAAAGAUAAAUUGACGGAGGUUGAGAUGGAUAAGGGUAGUGGUAGUUGGAUGGAUCAGAAAGCCACCAUUGUUUCUUGAAGUCCUGGUGAAGGAAACAACCCCAACAAAGUCACAUUGGGCGGGCUCAUUGAAGGCCUGGCGGAAGAAGAUGAUGUUGAACACUGAUCGAGGAAGAUCUUUUUGUCGGUGAGAUGGACGAUUGAACAGACAUGAUCCCUUGCACACUGAUGCACAUUGUGGUGAAGGAUAAUUUCGCAUAUCAAAAUCUCCUGAUGCAUGGCAAAAGAAGAUGGUGCAGUAGACUGAGCUAAGGAACACCUUCUUGUGCCUUAGGUGGACAUUGGACAUCAUAACAGCCAAUUCUGAUGAAGAAAAGACCAAAGUAACCUUCGGACAUGUUCAGGGCUAACAAAAGCCAUGGCAGAAAAGGACAAUGGGAGAUAUAGUAGGCCGCUUUGAGACCCACUGCACAAAAAAAUCACAUUUAAUGUGACUGAGCGAGAUUUGACAGCGGUAUUCAUGAAACUCGAAGCAAAUUCAUGUCGAAUAUCAGAAAAGUGUCUUACGGAAUGAAGAGCAUAAAUUAA